UGGGCCAGUUGGGGUCGAACUCAUUGCUGUAACUACUAAGAGUCUAAGUGUAACGGCGCCUUCCGCCUGCAAACGAUGGUUCUUAGUGCAAUGGCGUUUGAUGGAUCUGGUUUAGUAAGUAAACUAAACGUUAUUGAUUAGUAUGAGCCGGACCCACGAUUACCAACUCGGCAUUGAGGCGAUCUACCUCAGUGCAUCAGAAUCACUACCCAGCGUUCAGUUUUGACCAUGUCCGACGCAGAGCGCAAUGAUCUUUACGGUCACCCAGAUUGUUACUCGAGCAAAGGACGUGCUGGCAGUGCAGCUAUCAAGGUAUGUGGACGCUCGCUGCAUGUGGCCACGGACGAUUUCGUCUUUCCCGGAGCGAUUUCGGUCUUCCUGCGCCUUGUGUGGGUAGCCACCGCCUCCGUUGCCCUAUACCGCUACAUUAAUCGCAGUGACUCUUGCCAGCUACCCGACAAUGACCUACCUCUCUACAUGUAUGUUGCAGUCGGCAUGACCGGCUUCGUUGCCUUGCUGGAUGGCGUCAUCAUGGUUGCCAGUGGUAGCGGUUCUGUGUCCGACGUUGCCGCUCGACAAACGGUGCUACCGUUGCUGCUUGUGCGAGUGAUACUGGCUGUACCCGAGGCAGCAUGGCUCGUUGUAGGCACGGUCUGGGUCUGGUGGGAGGGCUUCAGUGACGUGCCGUGCGAAGAGACACACCUGAAACUCGUCCGUGUGGUGGUGGGCAUGGCGUGGGCGUUCUUCGUCAUCAUGACACUCAUUGGAGUGGGUGCCAUCAACUGGUUAGGUUCAUCACGACUGUUCAGUAGUGACCCAUCUGAUGGCGUGGGGCGACAGCGCUCUCCAACCAGGGCUCGGCAGCGGGCAUGGCUACGACUUUGUGGCCUGUGCUGCUGCGCGUGUGUACCUGAGUGCCGCCGUCCGCAGCCAGAAUUCCGCGCAACGCUGAUGGAGGUGACGCGCCUUCUCGCAACUUUCUUCAACGACACCAUUGUGCCGAGCGACAUCUUCGCCGGCCUGACAUUGGUUGCGGAGUUGCAGAGGCUGCGUGGCGAGGAUGAUGACAUGUUCGACGAGAUGCUACCCGCUGCACAGUAUGGUCCUUGCAAGGCAUGGCGGAGCACCGGUAGAGAUGGCAGCGUCAUCUAUCCCAGCAGUGAAUUUGGUUCAGUCUCGUUGGAAAGCAGGACCAGCCGAGAGGCCUUUGAGCAAGUCACGCAUUUCAUGAAUUUCGCGCUUGCCUCGUAUGGCUGGCCGUUCAUGGCAUUUGAAGGUCCCAUCAAUGGUUGCUGCAUGCUUGUUCCAAACUGCCGUUGCUGUAUAGAAUGCCAGUCAGACCAGCCCGGUGGACAGCCAAGGCCGGUCAUCUUGCAUGACUGCAUCGGCUCACACUGUAACACAGCUGCCGUGAUCGGCUGGACUGGAGUUGAAUAUGAUGACAUCAUCUAUGCAGAUUAUAAAGGAGAGUUUGAAGACUUACCGUUCUUCGUGGCUCUUGACCAUUCUCACCAAGCUGUGGUUGUCAGCAUCCGUGGAACACUAUCGCUUGAGGAUGCCCUUGCGGAUCUUCGAGCACAGCAGGAGGAAAUUGAAGGUCACCCUGGUCUCAAGGCACACAAGGGAAUGCUGAGGAGUGCUCGGACGAUCAAGGAGAAAAUGCAGCAAAUAGAACUGGAUGCAGGCUGGCACCCGAUCAAACGUGCUUUUCAGAGAGCACCACAGCAGGGCUCGGGAUACGAGUUGGUGAUAGUGGGGCACUCCUUGGGAGCUGGCGUGGCCGCCCUCCUGUCCAUUCUCUAUCGCAACGAAUACCCAAACGUGCGCUGCUAUGCCUACUCGCCGCCGGGCGCAUUGAUGAAUGAGGCCUGUACAAGAUUUGCCGCCGAGUUCACCAUUUCUGUCAUACUGGGUUACGACAUUGUUGGAAGACUAACAGUUCCUGCACUGGCUGUCCUGGCAAGGGAAAUCCACACCGUUCUUGCACAAACGAAGCAGUCCAAGGCCGAGAUCUUCUGCACCGCCUGCUGCAGCACACGAUUACCCUGCCUGCCGUGUUGCCAAACAUUCGACACUGGCUUCGCUGACUCGUCACUGCGUGCAACCGCCUCCACGCCCUUGCUGGGCACCGAUCAAGCGGACGAAGAUGACGGUGAUGAGAGGGAACCUGUCCUGCAACGUGACAUGCAAAUGUCCGCCAUUCUGACCAGGCAGCCGUCCAGUCCAACAACCAUCGGCUAUGGUAGCACAGCAGAAGCGGGCACGGCAGCACAGGCAAGACCGGGGGGAUAUUCCCGGGAGAAGUACCCCGCAAUGUACCCGCCUGGCCGUGUCAUGCAUCUUGUCCAGCAGGAUGAGGACAUGAGCGUCUGCUGCUGUGGCGAGCAAGAUCCGGUCUGGUUGCCUCGAUGGGUACCAUUCGAUGCCCUGUCAAGUAUUGCUCUCAACCCCGAAAUCAUCAAAGAUCAUGUCCCGCAAAGAGUGCGCGAUGCACUGUUUCAGUUGUACCAGAAAUCACUCAUAGUCACACGCACGGCUGCAGUGCACUAGUGGUGUGUUGCCGGCACAAUACUCACAUCUUGCAGCUGGAGGGCUCGCCAAAGUGUUUGUCUGGUUCACCACCAUACAUGAGCUGCCAGGCUUCUUGCUGGCAGAGGAGUAGCGUGCAACUUGAUCGUAUCAUCGGGCAAGUGCCAUGGUGUACUGGCAAUGCCCUGCUGAUCAUGGCCAAUGCAGCAUGCGUGUAUCUGCCACUCUGUCACAUGGUGGGCUGUAUGUGGUACAUGGCACUGCAAACUGCUGACCUGCCAAUGCAGUGGUAUAUCAAGCGGCAGGAGCGAUGCCACGAGAUGCCACAGUUGAGCGUGCUGUGUCCUUCAGGUAUGGACAUUAUAAGAUAUGCAUCAUGCCAAGCCCGGCAUGCUGGCAAUAGCCCAGCGCAACCAGUCAUACUAUUGCACUUCCGCGUAUGAGUCUAUUGCUACAAUGAGCUCCUAUAAACAGACCUAAGUUAGCACACACAGUAACUUUUGUGGAACGGUGGCACUCCACAGCUGUCUCUCUCUCUCUCUCUCUCUCUCUCUCUCUCUCUCUCUCUCUCUCUCUCUCUCUCUCUCUCUCUCUCUCUCUCUCUCUCUCUCUCUCUCUCUCUCUCUCUCUCAUACGAGCAAUAUUUUGCAAACAGAGUGCUGUAGAUAUAUCUCAUCAGACAUAAAUUAAACGCCGCUGGACUACACGUUCGAUUAGGAUUGGAUUUUUCAAUGACAUAUUCGCAAUUUGUGGUUAGCAAUUGAGAGUAACUUAUAUCAGUAUUGGAACUAGAAGUUUCCAAUUAUUCCACACUCCUCUCCCAUAGGUCAUCUGUGCAGCUUCACAUUAUCAAGAAUGCAUUCCACACUGACCCAGGAACUAUUCUCACUACAAUCAAUGUAUAGACCACUCA